AUGCUGAGCGCUUCGUCCUCUAACAACCACUCACUUUUCUCUUUCGGCAGCAGGAAUGGCGCGCCCGACGACGUAACCGAUCCCGCCACCUCGUUCGACUUUCUCCCGUCCGUCAGCUUUGACGAUCUGCAGAGCAGCCUGGAGUCGGCCUCGACAGACUUCAAGCUGACGCAGUUUCCCCUGCCGACCGGACAGGGAUCGAUUCUGGGGGACCGCGCUCUGGCUGCAAAUAACAUUGGGGAACGUGCCGAUAUGGCGCGUCACACUGGUGGCAGCCAUGCUACCGCCCAGCAACCGCCCGUUACGCGUCCGCGGGCCGGUUCGAUUCUGCGGAAAGCGAGCACGUCGACUCGGCAUGCGAGUACAGCGUCCACCGCGUCAAGCAACCCUGGGGUACCAAACGCCCCGACCGCCCCGGCAGCCAUGCGCUCGCGCCGCCAAAACCACUACCCGCCCGUCUCAAAUUCCAACGUUCCCCGCAAGCGGAGACCAAGCGUGGCGUCCUUGUCAGACCGGAUUGGGCUGGAGCCUGCAACGCGGGCCUCCAUUGAUGUUGGAUCCCAUCCUCCGGCCGACUUUUUGCGGGCUCACGCUAGUUCGCGGAGCUCCAAGGCGAGAUCAGUGCAGCCUCCGCCGAGGGCUAGCCAGGCCACGUUGACCCCAGAUACAAGUUCCAUGUCAUUGGAUCCCGGUCAUGCACCGACCGCAGCGCCUCGUUCGCCCCGGGCGGCUGCCAAAGGAUCAAACGCGGUGCUGGGGAAGCGCAUAUCGGUGAUGCCUGGGGCACCUCAACUGCCACAUGUUACGGGCCUCGGCGCGAGGACCAUUAGCCCGACAGACACGCGACGGAUGAAGCGUUUAUCGAUGCAUCACACUCAGGGCCAGGCCGCAGCUCAUGUGCUACCGAAUCCGCCGCCAUUGUCAGCAGCCGAAGCUCGCUCUCCCUCGCGCUCUCCUUCUAUGCUUCCGCGCAAAAUAUCCACGCCCGUUUCCUCUCGCACAACACCCGAUCCAAAUCGAAAGUCGUAUACUUCGGGUCUUUCUGUCAACUCCAAUGGCAGCCUAAGUACCACGGGACGGGCAUCGACCGCAUCGGUUCAGCAACGCAACCCGCAAGGUGUUGGUUCGAGAUUACCUGCCCCAAAAGCUCUGAGCCUUCGCAAUUCUGCGAGUCUCGAUGAUGAGGAGAGUGUCCCACCGGUGCCGGCGAUACCUAAGGCGUAUGAGUCCCCAAAAGAUGCAUUCGGCGAGGCGGCGUUUCUGGACAAGAGGAAGUCGAACUUCCCCUAUGAUGCCAGCAGCAUUCACAGCAGUUCAACCGGGAGUGUGUCUGGGGGCUUGAACGAAGCGCCUUCUUCCAAGCUAUAUCGCAGGCCUAGCCAGCGCAAAUCCGUCCAUACGUCGAAGUUGGAUUUGGAAACGAAGGCUGCCGCAUCCCAGACCAAGAAGGCACUUCAACCCUUAAGGCUGCCUCCCAUCACCCUUGGCCCCCUCAGCACGCCAACCGCUUCCAAGAUAGCCGCACUGCAAGAACAGGGCUCGUCAGAGAGGAAUCUCUCUCCCAUUCCCACGAGGCAGAUCCUGAAGACGCCAACGACGCCCAUGACGGCGUCAAAAAGUGCCUUUUUCAGGACGCGAACCGAGGAAAGAAACGACAUUCAACAUCUCCGGAGUAGCAGCUCGGUGUACCGGGUCAGAGGCCGAGAGAGCCCUGCCCCCCCCGAGCCAGUGAGCUCAACCGAAUCAUUUACGGCCGUGAAGAACGGCAACCAAAGAUCUGCCCCUUCACCGUUUACAAGCUCCUCGUUACCCAAGGGAGGUCAUGUGGAAGCUGCAUUCCUGAAGAGGUCCAAGACAGGCGGCGACUCGACUGCUCCGCCGGAGCCAGCCGCGGAGUCGGUAACACAUCAUGCGAAACCGUCAGGGCCUCGGGCCCAAAAGCAUGCCUCGACAAAGACCAGACAUGCGAAAUCACCCCCGCCCCCUUGCAGUUCAGACGAGCCUCCGACUCCUUCGUCAAUGAGCUCGCUUAGGAGGAAGUUGAGCUUGUCUUGGAAGCGAAGUGCCUCAAAGGGCAGCGGCAACCAGACUCAGGCAGAGAAGGAUGAGCGCGUUAAGCAUGAUUCGAUGCCGCCUCCUCGAAUCCCGGCCUCUGCAACAAUGAGCAGCAUUACCAAAGCCAAACCCCCCAGCCCCGCCCCGUCAACUAAGUCUACUAAGUCCACUAAGUCUAGUGGGACGGGGACAUACCUGGAGACGAGAAGGCGAAAGAGCUCGUCCUCGAGCUUGAAUGCCAUCGUUGCUCAGGAGCAGCGCGGCCGCGACGGUAUGAGCACCGCAAAGAAGGAGUCGACACUUGAUACGGUUGCAGAGCGCACUCCUCUCCCUCACAAUUCGUCCGUUGUGCAGAGAAUUCUGAAGCCGGCACGCUCAUCGGCCGCGCUGCGACACCACGAUGUGUGGACAGCAGAGCUCGACAAGGACGACCUGGUUGCCGAGGAGGAGAUGAAGAGGUUGGGGCUGCGGCGCAAGGACACGGAGCUGGCCGCUCGGACUCUGGAUGCGCUGCGGAAGCGUGCUACUGCCAAGGAGCGGGUGAGCCCACAGGAAGCAAUCCGGAUUGCCUCCCUCAAUAUAUACGAGCGAGGCGAGAUCGUGGACUAUAAGGACGUCUACUUCUGUGGUACUCAGAAUGCUGCCAAGGUCAUCGGCGACCCUCAGUCCGACGCUCCCAACUUUGGAUACGACGACGAACGCGGAGACUACACCAUUGUGCCUGGCGAUCAUUUGGCUUACCGGUACGAGAUCAUCGAUGUGCUCGGAAAAGGGAGUUUCGGGCAAGUAGUCCGCUGCAUCGACCACAAAACGGGUGUUCUCGUUGCGGUCAAGAUUAUCCGGAACAAGAAACGGUUCCAUCAGCAGGCUCUUGUGGAAGUCAACAUUCUACAAAAGCUUCGCGAAUGGGAUCCCCACAACAAGCACAGCAUGGUCAACUUCACUCAUAGCUUCUACUUCCGUGGCCACCUCUGCAUUUCUACCGAGCUUCUUGACAUGAAUCUCUACGAGUUCAUCAAGUCAAAUGCUUUCCGGGGAUUCUCACUCAAGAUGAUCCGCAGGUUCACCAAGCAGAUGCUCAGCUCGCUCAACUUACUCAAACAGCAUAAGGUCAUCCACUGCGACUUGAAGCCAGAAAACAUCCUUCUCCGACAUCCUCUACACACCGAGAUCAAGGUCAUUGACUUCGGCUCCAGCUGCUUCGAGAACGAAAAGGUGUAUACAUAUAUCCAGUCCAGGUUCUAUCGCUCUCCGGAGGUCAUUUUGGGCAUGACGUACGGCAUGCCAAUCGACAUGUGGUCCCUCGGCUGCAUCCUGGCCGAGCUCUAUACCGGUGUGCCCAUCUUCCCGGGGGAGAACGAACUGGAGCAGCUGGCCUGCAUCAUGGAGGUGUUUGGGCCCCCGGAAAAGCACUUGAUCGAAAAGUCCACUCGCAAGAAGCUAUUCUUUGACAGCAUGGGCAAGCCACGUCUCACGGUUUCUAGCAAAGGCCGUCGCCGACGUCCAUCGUCCAAAACCCUGCAACAAGUCCUGAAAUGCGAUGACGAGCCCUUCCUGGACUUUAUCGCCCGCUGCCUCCGGUGGGACCCAGACCGACGCAUGAAGCCCGAGGAGGCCAUCCGUCACGAGUUCAUCACCGGCCAGAAAACCUCCGUGCCUGUGCCGCGCUCCGCCAUCCGAGACUCCUCCCCCAGCAAGCGAGUCAACAGCAAUAGCGCUGCGCCCAGGCCGCUACCAGAACCGCCGGCAGCCGCCAAAACCACCACGUCCCUGCGGCCGCGCGACACCGCGUCCUUCAGCGUGCACACGUCGCCCCUGAAGCCAGGCACCGUCCCCUCUUCCACGACCCGCAGGACCUCCGGCAUGACUGCCAACACGAGCAGCCUCACGAGCAAUUCUCUCACCGGCGUCAAGCGCACGAGCACGGGCCCGACGGCUUCGCAUUUCAACGCCUCGUCGGCUACGCUCAGCGGCAGCAGCCUACCCCGGGCAUCGAUCCGUACCGUGAGCAGCGGCGGCCUGGGCGGUGUGAAUGGCGUCAAGCCCGAUCUCGCUGCUGCGGGGGCCACUGCUGCCAUGAGCCGGCGUGCGUAG